UCAUAAUUGAGAAAUAUGCAUACAAACAUUAUUAUGAAAAAUAUUUUUAAAUUUCGAGUGCAAAUAUAAUUUAAAAUCAAUUUUUUUAAGUAUUAAUUCUUGAAAUAUGAAAUAUAACUCGGAUUUGCUAUUGCUAUUUUUUGUGAUACUAUCAAGGAUUAAGAUUUUAGUAAUCGUACCGAUAUAUAUUUGUAUGAUAUCGUUAUUUCUUCAGAAACUUGUCAGUUCAUCGAGAUCAGUGAUUAACCUUACGAAUAGAAUUGGAUGUUAUGGCUUUACUGAAGCAGAAACUCCUCCUGGACAACAUUUAUUUCUGUCUUUACCAAAAGAAGAGCGAGAAGAUUUUUUAGCUUAUUGCCUCGGAAAUGUCAUUUUUGAAAAUACAACAUCGCCAUUUACACGAGACAAUAAAUUCACCCCUGAGGAUUUGGGAAUAGACAAAAGUUUAAUACAAAAAUUCCAAAAUUUAACGGUACCAGAAAACUUUACGAACAAUCUUUACACCUUCGUUAAAUCCCAGUACAAUAUGGACCAACAUAGUUUACGGAGUUUAAUUCUUCAGCGCAUGGUUUGCUUAUCAAAUGGCACUUGCGUGGAUAUGUCUGAUGUCGGCAGUAUGUGUUGCCCAUUUUAAACUGAAAAAAACUCUAAAAGGUAUGAUAUCACAACCAGAAAAAAUACAAUCUGUCAAUUCGGAUUCUACCAGAUUUUACACACUUAUGUAAUACAAUAAUAAAAUUAAAAAAAAUAAUCUAAGUUGUACACCUAAAUAUUUAAAUAACUAUUUAACGGACAAAAUAGAGCAACAUAGAUAUAUUUUUUGGCAUCGUUACUAAAACAAUAAACUAAAUUAUAGCACGUACACAAAAAUAAAAAUAGAAAUCAACAUAUAAUUACAAUAAUAAUAUAAAAUAUAACUUUAAAUUAAUGUCAGGUUAUUGUUUAUGAUUAUAAUAAUCAGUAAUUAAAUUUAAUAAUGUCUUGUUUUAACUAUUAGUUUUUUGUUAAUUAAUUCACAUCAUUCAGUAGAAAAAAAAAUUCAUACCAUUUCAUAUAAUUGACGUUAGUUUAAUCAGCCUCAGAUCAUUCAAAACCUUCUUUUCUUUUUUUCUUUAUAAAUAUCGUGGCCUAAUCGUAAUUAUUAAUCGAAAAUAAAAAAAAUAAUGAUGAUAUGUUUUGGUUUAUACAAUGAAGCAAAUGACUUAAAUAUACCUAAUAAUAAUUGAUUUUAAAUUAUUGAUGUAUAUAUUAAUAAUUAUUGCUAGAAAUAAGCCAAUACAAAAGUUUUCAAAGAAUAAUUACACAUUGUUUCAGGCAAGAUCUUAUCAAAUU